AUGUCUCGAAAUAUUCUCGUCACCGGCGCGGCGGGUUACAUAGGAGGUUCCAUCGUCGCAGAUCUUUUAUCCAAGCAUCCUGAGAUUACUAAAGACCAAAUCGUUGCCGCCGUAAGAACUGAUGAGCAGGCCAAAGCUCUUUCAACCCCAGGCAUCAAUGUCCUCAAACUCGAUUUAUCAGAUGAACAGGCUGUUAUUAACGAAAUAUCGUCUCACAAAAUUAGUGUCAUGGUGCAUGCGGCUAACAGCAUCAGUCCCGGGCUAGCGUUACCUUUGAUAAAUGCUCUGGCAAAACAAAAAGAGGUAGCUGGGAAGCCAACAUACUUCAUCCAUACCUCGGGGUUGAGUGCAUUCUACGCAAACUCUGGAUGGUCAUGCAGGGUCAAUAAAGACACAGAUGCGGUGUUUGAGACGGAGAAGGAGUUUGCAGACUCGUAUCCAGUCCGAAAGACGGAUGUAAUGGUUAUAGAACAUGCACAAGCCCAAGGCGUCACGCCAUUUGUUGUUGUACCUUCUAUCGUCUAUGGAAGAGGAACUGGCGCGUGGAAUCAACUCUCCGUCAUGAGACCAGGCCUGACACGAGCGAGCCUCAAACUCGGAAAAGUGUACAAAUUCGAUGAGAAUAUUCUGUUCAUAUCAGCGACCCGACCGCCUUGUACUGCCGAAUCAUACAUGCUGUUCUGA